GUUCGGAGCCGGACGAGGUCCGAGCUGAUCACGUGUCGCAUGAACGCGGGUACCUAUAUCAUGUCCGAACCGAGAUCGUCGAACGUUACCGGAAAGAGUAUCGACUAUAAAGAUAAGGCAGGCCACAUGUUGUGAUAAUGUCUCGUGUUCGUGUUGCUCAAUGCUGGGUACCUGACUAUCACUCACCAGGAAUCGAUAAGCUUGCGAAAUGUCAAAAGUAUCAAACCCCAUACUCAUAAUUGGAGGCGGCUUAGGCGGCCUCAGCCUCGCCCAGGGCCUGAAGAAGAAAGGCAUCCCAUUCCGGAUCUUCGAGCGAGACGGCGCCGCCAGUUUCCGCGCCCAGGGGUACCGCAUCCGUCUGGACGAAAGGGGCAUUGGUAGUCUCGAGAAGCUACUCCCACGUCCACUCUUCGACCUCGCUGAGAAGACAUCUUCGCCCGUGGUCAGCGGCGGUCACCGAUUCGACGCACUCACUGGCGAGAAAAGCGAGGCUCGCUUCGGCGGUGGAGGACCACAACGCGGUACUGGUCCGAACUGGAAUGUUGAUCGGACUGUCAUUCGUAAUGUCCUUCUCCAAGGGUUGGAAAAGGACAUCGACUUCGGCAAACGGCUUGAGCGGUAUGAGUUCGCAUCCGAGUCCACUUCCGACGACAAGAGCGUGACAGCGCGUUUCGCGGACGGAACCUCAGCGACCGGACGCAUGAUCGUCGGCGCCGACGGCGUGCGUUCGCAUGUUCGACGACAACUUGUGCCUGGCCACACCUUGCUCGACACCGAAAUGCGUGCUAUCUUCGGCAAGACUCCGAUUCCAGAGGGUAUCCCGCCGCCGAUCAGGGAUACAGUUGCCCAGGGCAUGAAUGUGACGGCCGAGGAGAACUCCAAUGGACGAGCGGUGUUGUUCUCUGAUACGAUGAGGUUCGACCACGGGGUAGAUACCUCCCCUGCAGAGGCAGUGCAGUUGCCGGACGACUAUAUAUACUGGGUCCUUACUUUUGCGAAAACCCGCACCGAGGUCGACGACAAAACGUUGAUGACAUACAAUGGUGAGCAAUCUGCGAAGUUGGCUGAAGAAUUGACAAAGGCGUGGAACAUGAGUGAUCGGACUAUUGUGACGAAGCAGGAUCCCGACGCUGCGUCGGCGUUGUUCUUCUUGAUGGCGAGGCCGGAUUUGGAUACAUUGCCGACGGAUGCGAGGGUUACGUUGCUUGGGGAUGCGGCGCAUUCGAUGCCUCCGCUCGGCGGGGUGGGUGCGAAUUCAGCGUUCGAAGAUGCUGCUGAGCUCGCUGAUGUUCUUGGGCAGGGUGAGGUUGGGGAUGAGGCGAUCGGGGCGUAUGACAAGACUGUCCGUGAUCGGGCGAGCGGGUGGUUGGGGAUGAGCAUAGCGGGUUCGACCAAGUUGUUUGGGAUGAGACCGAUUGAGGAGUUGAAGUCUUUCGCUCUGUGAUCCUGCAGAUUUUGGUAUUGUUGCGGCGAGAAAGGCAAUUGGUGGUGUCCGGACUCUCUGCUCGGCAUUUAGCGGUGUCAUCUCUUCUCCUUCAGCAAUGAGAGGCCGUUGCUCCGUGAGAUUGGUUGGCGUGGACUUCAGUCUAAACAGAGAUACCCAGGUGCGUACUUAGACUUGUACUAUACUACCUUGCGUUGCGCCUUUUUCACGUCUUCAAUUCACAUGUUCGAUAUUUGUCGAUAGCCGGGCCGUACGUUCUGCUUACCUUCAGCAAGGUCAACGCCGUGUUGUAUGGCAUAUUCCGGGUUAUGCAAACAGUAGACUUCUUGACCCCAUGGACGCGUCUAAGGUCCGGCUAUGUAGGCAGCGCUUUGACAAGGCUGACAGAUACCAUCGCUGCAUGCUCCCACGUGGGGAUGAAUAUCUGGUCGCCCGUGCGAUGCUGAUAAUCAUAAGGUUUCUUCGCAG